CAUAUGACCAUAAAAUAGAGUGGGGAUCAAACAGAAUGACGUUUUGUUAUUGUUCUGACAAAUCUAAAAUAGUAUUUUGAUGAUAAUAAGAUAUUAAAAAUAUAUUCGUGGGUAAUCUUAAUCGUGGUUCGUUAAUAAUAAAGUGCGCAUUUUUUCGGAAAUAUAUGUAAAGUUGUCAAGAUGCCAAUUCUAUACAGUGUAAUUUCUCGGGGAAACACUGUCCUUGUUAGAUAUGCCUCAUGUGCUGGUAACUUUGCCGAAGUAACAGAACAAAUAAUUGGGAAAAUUCCUCCUCAUGAUGAUAAACUUACCUACUCACAUGGCAAUUACCUGUUUCAUUAUAUCUGUGAAAGUCAAAUUAUUUAUAUGUGUAUCACGGAUGAUGAGUUCGAGCGAUCACGAGCUUUUCUGUUCCUUAAUGAAAUCAAACGAAGAUUUAAAACCCUAUAUGGAGAGGCAUCUAAUAACGCAAUUGCAUAUGCCAUGAACUCGGAAUUUUCCAGAGUUUUGGCUAAUGAAAUGAAACAUUAUUCGGAAUCCCAUGAUGUUGAUACUAUUUCAAAAGUUCACGGGGAAUUAGAUGAGUUAAAGAAUAUUAUGGUUAAGAAUAUAGAUAAUGUGGCAAUGAGAGGAGAAAGACUUGAACUGUUGGUAAACAAAGCAGAAAAUUUGAACAGUGGCUCUGUAACAUUCAGGAAAACCAGUCGAAACUUGGCUCGAUCUAUGUUUUGGAAAAAUGUGAAAAUCUAUGUUAUAAUUGGCGUGGUGAUUACUGUGAUCGUUUAUUUUAUUGUUUGCAUGGCUUGUGGAGGUCUUCUCUGGCAAGGUUGUGUUGCUAAGAAGUAAAACUAAUAAAUAUUUUAUUUUAACACUUCAACAUUUUAAUAUUUUUAUCAUUCUUGUAAUGUAUAUAAUUCCACCCAUAUUAAAGAUGUUAUUUUUAUGUAAAGUAGGCUGUUAUUAUUCACGUUAAUUUAUAAUUUUGUAAGUAGCCAAAGUAUUGUUACAUAAAUAAAUAUCUACAGUGUA